AUGGCCAACGUUCCUGCUCUCAAUGCCUACCGACACCUGAUGCGCGCGGCGCGAAUCGCCUUUCAAGGUGAUGCUCCUAUCUUGUCUGCGGCUCAACUCCAGAUCCGAAACGAGUUCCGUCAAAAAGCCUCGAUCGAUGCUUCCACUGCCCCUGCCGCGAUCAAGCACGCAGAAGAUGUAGCGAAGGUCCUCCGACAGAAUGUAAUCCAGGGACAAAAAAUAGAAGAUGACGACAACACCUACAAGCUGCGAAUACACGAAGAUAUUGAGCGAGGCGACAACGAGUCUAUCAAGACGGCUGGUCAAGGCAUGGCCCAGGGUGGCUGCUGCGGCGGCAAAAAAUAA